AUGGAAGGUAAGAGUGCAGGCCUUUGUAUCCCACUGGGCACAAAUAUAUGUUUGCAAUUCCCAGUCGAUUCCCGGAGGAGGAUUCAACCCCCACUUGGAGAAAAAUUCACUGGCAACGCCUUUGUUCUUGCUUCGGUGUCAUGUUUAGCCAAAGACCUACUAGAAGAACCUCUUCACACCACUAUUUUGAAGAUUCAGGCGGCAAAAGCUGUAAUCAUAGAUGAAUAUAUUAAACUAUAUGCAAAGGCACUUGAGUCUACGGAUAAGUUCUUCCCAUCUAUGCGAGAAUUGACAAUAGUAACAGACUGGUUGAAAUUUCCCUUCCAUGCACUUAAUUUUGGAUGGGGAAAGGUUUCUAGUGCAGCUCUUUUGGCAACUCCGGUACCGAAAACUGCUUUUCUGAUGUUAAACCUGGAAGAACCUGAUGGUUACUUGGUAAGAAUGGGAAUUGGAGCACAACAUGCGCAUAGUUUCAUGACAUUCUUCAAAAACUCCAGCUACUAA